AUGAACAAUUAUACGGCCAUUGAGCCUGAUAUUGUGUCUCCUGAUGGCUCAGGACCCUCGGGUGCUCAAACUCAGACUCCCAAUCAAGCAGGCUCUUAUGCAUUAAACCCUAAUGAAUGGACUUUGGCAAAAAGGUUGAAAGAAUCCUCACAUCCAGUUGCCCUUCUAUUUUACAUAUUUUUCAGGCUAUCAUCAAUAUUUGUUUAUAUAUUUGGAGGGCUAUUUAUUGGAAUGAUAACUAAGAAUAGUAGAUUCAUUCUCCAUUUUAUCAUAAUAAUUUUGCUCAUUUCUGCUGAUUUUUGGAAUUUAAAGAACAUUGCUGGCAGAUUACUAGUAGGAUUAAGAUGGUGGAAUGAAACUAAUAUGGUAGAAAGCAACAAAAGUGACUUUGAGAACGUUUGGAUUUUCGAAACAGCUGAUCCUAAUAGAUAUAUUAACCCUAUAGACUCCAAGGUAUUUUGGUCUUUGCUUUACAUCCAACCUUUAUUGUGGGUUGUUUUGGGGAUAGUCGCAAUCUUGAAAUUUGAAUUCUUAUACUUACUUUUGAUUAUAAUAGCAAUUACAUUAUCCAUCACGAAUGCAAUGGCCUUCACUAAAUGUGAUAAGUUUGGUAAGGCGAACAAUAUUGCGACAGAUUUUCUUUGGAGAAAUACCGGAAGCUUAUUUAGCAAAUUGAACCCUUUCUCAAACUGA